ACCCAGACGACCACCAUCGCUGCGGAUACGACCACCAUUCGCUCUCUCGACUGGGACCGUGACCGUUUCGAUAUCGAGUUCGGUCUUCUCAAGGGCACCACCUACAACUCCUACCUCAUCCGCGGCGCCAACAAGGUCGCUCUAAUCGACGCGUCGCACGAGAAGUUCCGCGAGCUCUACCUCUCCGCGCUUAAAGCCGAGAUCGACAUUAAAGACAUCGACUACGUCAUCGCGAACCACACAGAACCGGACCACAGCGGUCUGAUCCGAGACCUAAUCGAACUGAACCCCAACAUAACCGUCGUCGGGUCGAAAGUGUGCAUUCAGUUCCUACAGAACCUAGUCUUAAGGCCCUUUAAGAGCCUCGUGGCGCAGCCGGGAAAGAUUCUGGAUCUGGGCGGCGGGCACGAGCUGGAUUUCAUCAUGGCACCGAACCUGCAUUGGCCGGAUACCAUGUUCACGUUCGAUAAAGGCACGGGCGUCAUGUUCACCUGCGACGCGUUCGGCAGCCACUACUGCUCCGAGAAGGUGUACGAUGAUGAUCUGAGCGAGUUGGAGCCGCACUACCGCUUCUACUACGACUGCCUCAUGAAGCCCAACUCGCGCUCCGUCCUCACCGCCCUGCGCAAGGUGGCCACUGCGGGGUGGGAGUUCUCGGAAAUCGCAGUGGGGCACGGCCCUUUGCUGCGCUACAACGUGCCUGAGCUCACGCUCAAGUACGAGCAGUGGAGCAAGGCCGCCAUCGAGAAGCAGAAGUCGUCCAUAGCAGUGCUGUACGUGAGCGACUACGGUUACAGCGACCGGCUCUCGCAGUGCAUCGCGCGUGGCAUCACCAAGGCGGGGGCGGGCGUGGAGAUGAUGGACCUCAAGGCCGCCGACACGCAGGAGCUCGUGGAGUGCAUCGGCCGCAAUGCCGCUGUCGUGCUCAUGAUGCCCCCCACCACUGGCCCUGCCGCCGCUGCUGUUGCCCCGCUGGUGGCCGGAAUCAAGGCCAAACAGUCUGUGCUGCUGUGUGAGUCAUAUGGAGGUGACGAUGAGCCGGUGGACACGCUCAUGUACAAGUUCAACGACCGCGGAGUCAAGAUGCCCAUUGAACCCCUACGCAUCAAGGAGCCCCCCACUGAAGCUGUGUACCAGCUGUUUGAGGAGGCGGGCACUGACUUGGGGCAGGGCCUGACACAGAAGGCGGUGAGGGAGGAGACAAGGCGCAGCAUGCCUCUGACGGUGGCCAAGGCCAUUGCUCGUGUGUCGGGGGGUCUGUACGUGGUGACGGCCUUGAAAGGGUCCUCCAAGGGUGCUAUGAUCGCCUCCUGGGUCUCCCAGGCGAGCUUCAAGCCAUUGGGCAUCACCGUUGCUGUGGCCAAGGACAGAGCCAUUGAGUCGCUCAUGCAGGUGGGCGACUCCUUUGUGCUCAACUGUCUUGAGGAGGGCAACUUCGCCCCUCUCAUGAAGCACUUCCUCAAGCGUUUCCCCCCUGGCGCUGAUCGUUUCGAGGGAGUUGACUGGGACCCAGCCAGCAACGGGUCGCCUGUGCUGGCAGGAUCGCUGGCGUUCCUGGAGUGCACUGUGGUCAGCCGCAUGGAGACCAACGACCACUGGAUCACGUAUGCUGAGGUCACUGCAGGGAAGGUGUCCAAGCCUGAGGGCCGCACGGCUUCUCACCACCGCAAGCUGGGCGAUUAUUAUUAG